GCUUGAUGACGUGUCCCCGGUGUUUACUAUGGCGGCUGUCUGCUAAUUGAAAGAAAAAUGCGAGAUUUAUAACCGCAAGUACGAGAACAGCUUUUCCCCAAAAAAGUCAAGAUACAUUGCUUUUUAAGAAUGAACAACAGGACAUCGUAUUUCUAUGACCCAGACGUGGGCAACUUCCAUUACGGUGCUGGCCAUCCAAUGAAACCUCACCGACUGUCUCUCACUCACAGUCUGGUGCUGCACUAUGGACUCUACAAGAAAAUGAUGGUUUUCAAGCCUUACAAAGCCUCUCAGCACGACAUGUGUCGGUUCCACUCUGAAGACUACAUAGACUUCCUGCAGAAGGUCAGCCCCAAUAACAUGCAGGGCUUCACAAAGAGCCUCAACACAUUUAACGUGGGAGACGACUGUCCUGUAUUUCCAGGUCUUUUUGAGUUCUGCUCAAGAUACACAGGAGCAUCUUUACAAGGAGCAACACAGCUAAACCACAAGAUCUGUGACAUCGCCAUCAACUGGGCCGGAGGUUUGCAUCACGCUAAAAAAUUUGAGGCUUCUGGGUUUUGCUAUGUCAAUGACAUCGUCAUCAGUAUACUGGAGCUCCUCAAAUAUCAUCCUCGGGUUCUGUACAUCGAUAUAGACAUUCACCAUGGUGACGGCGUCCAGGAAGCCUUUUACCUGACGGACCGAGUCAUGACCGUGUCCUUUCACAAAUAUGGGAACUACUUUUUCCCAGGAACGGGUGACAUGUAUGAGGUCGGAGCAGAAAGCGGCCGGUAUUACUGCCUCAACGUUCCCCUCAGAGACGGCAUCGAUGACCAGAGCUACAGGCAGCUGUUCCAGCCAGUCAUCAAACAGGUGGUGGACUUCUACCAGCCGACCUGCAUCGUCCUGCAGUGUGGAGCAGAUUCUCUGGGCUGUGACCGGCUGGGCUGCUUCAACCUCAGUAUACGAGGACACGGCGAGUGUGUGGAGUUUGUGAAGAGUUUUAAGAUUCCUCUGCUGGUCCUGGGAGGAGGAGGAUACACUGUGAGGAAUGUGGCUCGCUGCUGGACUUUUGAGACGUCGCUGUUGGUGGAUGAAUCCAUCAGUGAUGAGCUGCCUUAUAGCGAGUAUUUUGAGUACUUUGCUCCAGACUUCACGCUGCAUCCUGAUGUUAGCACCCGGAUAGAAAACCAGAACUCCAGACAGUACUUGGAGCAGAUCCGUCAGACGGUGUUUGAGAACUUGAAGAUGCUGAACCAUGCGCCCAGCGUCCAGAUCCACGACGUCCCGUCCGACAUGCUGAGCUACGAACGCAACGACGAGCCCGACCCUGACGAGAGAGGAGCCGAAGAAAACUACACCAGGCCAGAGGCAGCAAAUGAGUUCUAUGAUGGUGACCACGACAACGACAAAGAGAGUGAUGUGGAGAUUUGAGUAACAACCUGAAACAUUUCUGGAGGAACUGAAAAGACUUGGACCAGAGCCGACGUGAUGCUGCACCACCUAGAGACAAAUUGAGACAGUUUUGUAAAUAAUGUUGCUGAGUUUGUUUUCACACAGACUUAAACAGCCUUAGUGACAUUUGAGAAGUACUUUUCAUGACAUUUGGUUUAUCAGCUGUUACGUCCAUCCAUGUAAAAACAACCUUUCUUUUCUUUUGUCCUGUAAGCGCAGUUUUAUUCGACUUUCCCACUCGGUAUCCUUUGAUGUCAUCUUCGUACUGAAUGUAUUUGGCUUUAGAGGGAGCUUCUGUCAGCUCAUUGGAUUUAAGAGCAGCUAGUUGGAGACCUGCGUGACAGAUGGCUGUGUGUAUGUGAAAAAAAACUUCAGUAAGUUUGAAGCAGGUGUCAAAGAAAAGGCAAGUAGAGUUUUUGAUUUAUUUCAUCUUACAAGCUAACAUGAGGUCCAGAAUCCAUUAGUCACACAUCAGCCAGUUCAGAUGUUUAAAAUCACGCAAAACAGAUUUUUUUUUCUUAGACAGAAUCUCAGACAUACAGAUAAUUCAAAAUGUCAUUUUAGUUCUGCACUUUUCUUAUUUGACAGUCUAUCUGGAGCUGUAUAUUUGUGUAAUUCCUCAUGUUGUUCAUGUGCCUUACAGCUCUGAAACAUCAUGGAGCUUGGCACUUUCACAUCACAUUUUUACUUCUAUUCGGAUUUCUACAGGAUGGAGCUGCUCCUUUCUUUGCUUUUUCAUUCCUUUUUAUAAUUUUGUUCUACUUUCUCUUCACAUUACUGUAUAUACGGACGUAAUGUAUGAACUGUGAGUCUGUUUUUAAUGUAGUAAAAGAGUGCUAAUGAGCCUGGCAGGAAUCAGAGUGCAACUACAGAUGUACUGUUAUGAGAAUCAGUUCUGCCACCUCCAGUCUUCUAUUAGCCACAAACCGCUUUGAUGUGAUUUUUGAUAUUGUUUUCGGCGACUUGUUUUUAAUAAAAUAAAAAAUAGAAUGCUAAA